AUGGAAGUGUAUGAGAUCACAGAGAUUGAGUCUGAAGAAUGUGACAAUAUGAACUCCACAAGCUCUAACGGAGCUGUUGCGAAUGCAGAGUCCUUCAUUGGUGACGAAAUUCUAUCCACGCUAUACGACAAGCAAUACAAGAUGGUUCUAAUAGCCGAGUAUAGAAUUCAAGGACAGAUUGUCAACAUGUCCAAGUUCUGUUGCAACGAAAACAAGGAAGUCGAUUACCUCAUCGUUUGCACAGAGUUUGUUAAACUCAGUAUAUUGAAAUGGGAUGUAUCUGCCCAUGUGAUCAGGACAACGAGUUUGCAUUAUUACGAACCUGCACUAGAGAGUUUGUUUAUUGAGAAGCUAUCCAAGAUAGAGAAGUACCACAGGACGGAUCCCAAUGGAUUAUGUACGUCCAUAGAAGCCGAAGGGAUGUUUGUCUUUCUUCCAUUUUUUAGAGAAGACUUGGAAGAUGAGAUGUUAGAAGACGAGGAUGAUGAUGAGGAUGAUAAGCAAACAUUGAAGCAGAAAAAGGACAAGGAUGAUAAAACUAAGGAUAUUUCAGACACCAGAGUCUCCUCCAAGUACUUUGAGUCGAGUUUCAUUGUUCCUAUGGCAAAACUAUGGCCGGACUUGAAGAAUUUUGUUGAUUAUCAGUACCUCUACACCUAUAGAAAUCCUACCAUGGCUGUGCUAUAUGCUCCAGAGACACUUUCUUGGGCUGGUUUCUUACCUAAGGCGAAAGAUAAUAUGAAGGUGGUAGUCCUCUCUCUUGAUAUAGAUCAUCGUAAAGCUAGUUCUAUCAUGGAAUUGCCUAAUUUACCUUACGAUUUAGACUCAAUCUACCCGCUUCCAAGUCCCAUCAACGGCUUUCUUCUUAUUGGAUCCAACGAGAUUUUGCACGUGAAUUCUCUUGGCUCCAUAAAGGGUGUAUGCACAAACAAUUAUUUUAAAGAUACUUCGGAUAUGAAGCUUAAGGAUCAGUCAAGAUUGAACCUAUACUGUGAAAACUGUCGAGUUGCCUAUGUAGGAAAUGGCCAAGUAUUGUUGAUUUCCGAGCUUGGUGAGUUUUAUGCCCUUGGAUUCGAUGAGGCUGGUGGUAUUUCAAAUUUUAACAGGAUAACCAAGAUCGAAAAUGAUCAGUAUUCUGGGGUUUCUGUGAAUAACGUCUUACAAAUUAUAAAUAUUGAAGAUAAGAACUCUGCAUUUGUGUGCUGCCAAGGUUCUGAUAGUGUUUUACUUCAUUGGAAAUACAACUCUGACGUUUCUGCCGUUGCAACGAGCCAUGAUCAAUCAACUUCUGCUCCUAACGAAGAAGAGGAUUCUUGGCUUUAUGAAGAUGAUGGGGAGAAUGGUGGCCUUGGAGGUAAGGAUAGUUCACAUAGACCUCUAACAAACUGUAUUUUUACAUCCAUGGACAAAGUGGUCAACUGCGGUCCUUCCUCAGACUUUUGUCUGGGAAAGAUCUCGACGAAUACCAAGUCGUUUGGAUUGCCAAACCCAAACUACAACGAGGAUGCCAUAGUUUGUACUUCGGGACUCGAGAAAGAUGCUUGCUUAUCGAUUAUUAAUCCUAGCGUCAAGCCGAACAUCAAAUCUACUUUGAAGUUUUCUAACGCCAGUAAGAUUUGGACGCUGAACGAUCUUUACAACAAGACAAAGUACUUGAUUACCACGGAUUUCAAGACAUUCAAGACUCAGAUCUUUGAUGUGGACAAAAACUACAAGGACCUAUAUACCAAGGAUUUUGAUAACAAGCAGUAUAGCAUUCAGUUUGGCACAAUAAAGACAGAAAAGGACAAAUUUAUUGUGCAGGUGACCCCUUAUAAGAUCAAUAUAUAUUCGUUCAAGUUUAAACUUGUCAGUUCGAUCAACUACGAGAGAGAGAUUAACGCUGCUACCAUACACGACGAGUAUGUGAUUGCAAUUAUGAAGAAUGGUGAAAUUGAUAUCUUUGAAUUCAACAAAAAGGAGAAGAAGCUAGAGAAGUUGGAUUUACCUGCGCUUCUCAAUUAUAUGAUCUUCACCUACGGAUGGAUCGUGGAAUCAUCCAUAUUAAACCAUAUUCGUGACAUCCCGGCCAUCAAACAUGAUAGAGAUGGUGAGAGCAUCAAGAAUAUGGAAAACACAACCAAAGAGAUUACCUUCUGGAUCGUCACAGCCGAUAAUCGUAUCUUGGUAUUCAAAAAAGAUCACAGGGAGAAAGUUUACGAGUUUACUGACGUUCACAACUUCCCCGAAGUGAUGCAGUUGUCAAAUAUGAACCCCAACUAUGAGGCAGAUGUGGAUCCAACUAUCAAGCAAGCUAUAUUUACAACGAUAGGUGAUCGUUAUUAUGGUAAGGACUAUUUACUUAUCCUUACCUUUGGUGGUGAAGUAUUGAUUUAUGAGAUCUAUUUUGACCCUGUUACUGGCUCUUAUAAGUUGGCCAAGAAAAAUGACCUGUUCCAAUUUCCGGUAAUCGGAGCUCCUGAAAACUCUUAUGCUAAUGCCACCGUUGUGGAGCGAAAUCUCUUCAAAUUGGACAACGUCCAUGGGUGUCAGGCCGUUCUUGUUACUGGUGCUACACCGUUUUUGAUCUUUCGCCAGCACAACUCUGUUCCUCGUAUGUUCAAAUUUGCGUCGAAGCCCGUGCUUUACUUUGCACCCUUCAAUGCUGUUAAGUGCAAGAACGGCUUCAUCACAAUCGACGAUCGGAAAUCUUGCCGUAUUUGCGAGUUGGAUAUGAGUUUCGACUACUCAAACCGUGUACCAAUCAAGAAAGUGAAUGUUGGUAAUACAGUGAACAAAGUUCAAUACGAUGACAAGUCGAAUACCUAUGUUGUUGCCACCAUGAGUAGAGUUCCAUACGAUGCAAUUGAUGAAGAUGGAGAGAAACUACAAGGAUUGGAUCCAGAGCGACAACCGGCGUGGAGCUGGAAGAGUAGCGUGAAGUUGAUCACCCCAGUGAAUUGGUCUAUCAUUGAUAAGGUCGAAUUGGAGGAUAGUGAGGUUUGCACAUCUUUGAAAUUGAUGCCUUUGAGGGUCUUCGACACGUUGAACGAGAGAAAGAACUAUAUAGUAGUCGGAUCUGGUAAGUAUAAAGUGGAAGACUUGUCUACAACUGGAUCCUGGAAGAUGUAUGAGAUAAUUAAUGUGGUUCCGGAUCCAGAACAUCCCGAGGCCAAGAACAGAAUGAAGAUGUUGACUAGUGAGAGUUCCAAAGGUGCUGUCCUAGGAGUUUGUGAACUUUCUGGUAGAUUUUCAGUGAUUCAGGGGCAAAGAAUGUUAGUAAGAAUGGUGAAAAAAGAUGGAAAUGCCGCCCCAGUGGCAUUUACGGAUACUUCGAUGUAUUCCAAAGAUAUCAAGUCAUUUGAAGAUCUAAUGAUAAUAGGAGAUGCGUUUGACGGAGUGGUCUUGUAUGGAUUUGAUGCAGAACCUUACAGAAUGCUUAAGUUGGGCCAGGACAAGCAUCAAUUCCAGAUGACGGCUUGUGACUUUAUUGUUCACGAGGGAAACCUUUACAUAGUUGCAGCAGAUGAGGAUUCUGUGCUCCACUUGUUGCAGUACGAUCCAUAUGAUCCUGAUUCUAUGAGAGGAUUGAAGUUGAUAAGAAAAUCAGUAUUCAGGUGCAAUGGUUACACCACUGCAAUGAAACUGAACAACAGAAAAGAGUCAGUGUUUUCUAUGGUGAGCACGUUAAAAGCUCCUGCGGAUGUUGAUAUUGGAUAUGAAACCAUCGGCUGUAAUAUUGAUGGAUCGUUCUAUAAAGUGAUGCCAGUGAGCGAGUAUUCUUACAGAAGGUUAUACUCUUUGCAGAAUUACAUGAGCGAUAAGGAAAGUCAUUGGCUAGGACUCAAUCCCAGGAUGAAUGCAAUCGGCAACUUGUCGGAUGUUAUGAGAACUGUGAAAAGGCCAUUUGUUGAUUUGGCACUCAUACUGAGGUACAUAAGUUUGAACGAGGAGAAGAAGGAACAUUUUUCAAAGAAGUUGGGAAGAAAUGCGUUGGUUGAUACGUAUAGAGAUGUGAUAGCAUUGCAGUAA